AUGGCGCGACCUCGCAAAUGUCUUUAUCUGGUUUUCAUCUCUUAUACUCUUCAGCAAAUGCUGACAUGCCACGUGGCAUAUGUGGCCGGUGAUGGCCGGUGGGAGCUCCUCCGUGGCAACGCCGGAAUCUCGGCAAUGCACAUACAGCUCCUCCGCAACGACCGUGUCGUCAUGUUUGACCGCACAAAUUGGGGACCUUCCAAUAUCUCCUUGCCGGACGGAAAAUGCCGCAACAAUCCAAACGACCGCGUUUCGAAGAUGGAUUGUACGGCUCAUUCGGUCGAGUAUGACGUCGUCGCGAAUAGGGUUCGUCCACUCACCGUUAUGUCGAACCCUUUUUGCUCGUCGGGUUCGGUCAGGCCGGAUGGAACGUUGGUUCAGACGGGAGGGGACGAGGACGGAGAUCGAAUGGUGAGAUUGUUCUCGGCGUGCGAAAUGGACGGCUGUGAUUGGACAGAGAUAAAGAGCGGAUUGGCUGUACGAAGAUGGUAUGCAUCCGAUCAUAUUUUGCCCGAUGGUCGGCAAGUAAUCGUCGGCGGUAGAGAGCAAUUCAACUUCGAAUUUUUUCCGAAAACGAAAGAUCCUAAAGUGUAUAGUUUACCGUUCUUAUCUGAGACAAAUGACAAUGGGAGCGAAAACAAUCUAUAUCCUUUUAUUUUUCUCAAUGUUGACGGAAACUUAUUCGUCUUUGCCAAUAACCGAGCAAUCCUGCUCGAUUAUGGCAAAAAUGUUGUGGUCAAGACAUACCCUAUGAUCCCGGGAGGUGACCCGAGAUCCUAUCCAAGCAGUGGCUCUGCGGUUCUCAUACCGUUGAAGAAUAUUGAGGCUUCCAAUGUCGAGGCUGAUGUUCUGGUGUGUGGCGGUGCGCCGAAAGGAGCAUACCAACUAGCUUGGAGGAACAACACUUUCGUCGAAGCACUCAAUACAUGUGCAAGGAUCAAGAUUACGGAUCCGAACCCACAAUGGACACUAGAGACGAUGCCUCAUGCAAGAGUCAUGGGAGACAUGAUUCUUCUUCCGAACGGAAACGUUCUAAUCAUCAACGGUUGCGCAAAGGGAACGGCCUCGUAUCAAGCCGGUCAAGACCCGGUUUUUGCUCCAGUUCUAUACCGACCCGAUAACCCAAUCGGGUCGAGAUUCGAAACCCUAAACCCUAACACUACCCCAAGAAUGUACCAUUCCACUGCUGUUCUUCUCCGUGAUGGAAGAGUUCUUGUCGGAGGUAGUAACCCGAACCCAUUCUACAACUUCACCGGCGUGCUUUUCCCGACGGAGCUAAGCUUACAAGCUUUCUCACCAUCAUAUCUAGACCCUGGAUUCUCGGGUACACGCCCGAAGAUAAUAUCUCCGGAUUCGCAAUCCAAGAUCGAGUACAACUCCCGGUUGAAACUAAGAUUCGCUGCAAACGACGUGGUGAACAAUGCCACGGUGAGGGUGACUAUGGUUUUCCCGUCGUUCACGACGCAUUCCUUCUCGAUGAAUCAGAGACUUCUGUUUCUGGACAUCAUGGAUUUCACGCCAUUGAAGACAGUGGGAAAUGGCAAAUCUUUGAUAUACGAAGUGGUCAUGAAGACACCGAGGACGACAAAUAUCGCACCACCUGGUUAUUAUAUGAUGUUCCUGGUGAAUGGAGAAAUCCCGAGUGAAGGAAUCUGGGUGCAGUUGCCAUUGAUUUGAUCCACUGUGUUUUCUUUUUCUCGUGAAAAUUAAGCGUUAUCAUGAAUAUGGGAUUCGUUGUGGAAAUUUAUCGUGUGGACCAUGAACCGAUUUUUGG